UGGAUAUGUGUGCAACAUUUUGCUAUGAAGUCCUUAAAUGCUGCACUUCAAAACUCAGCUCCACCAGAAAUGAGGCAUCAGCUCUCCUCUACCUUCUUAUGAGGAGCAACUUUGAGUUCACCAAAAGGCGGACAUUCCUGAGGACACAUUUACAAAUAAUAAUUGCUGUAAGCCAGCUGAUUGCUGAUGUCGCACUUACCGGGGGCUCCAGGUUCCAGGAAUCACUUUCCAUUAUUAAUAAUUUCGCCAACAGUGACAGAGCAAUGAAGGCCACUGCUUUUCCUUCAGAAGUGAAGGAUCUGACAAAAAGAAUCCGUACUGUUAUAAUGGCGACAGCU